UUGAGAAAUGGAGCUGCCAGGAGCAUGGCACUGGGUGCUGGGGCGGACAAAGCCUGACUGUUCCGGGCCCUUUCCCCAUAGUGCCUGGGCCUGCGCCCCAGCCCGGGGCAGGGUCGGGUGCCAGCUUGGUGACACAUGCUUUCUCACUAGUUGGCUCACUCUCUCGCGGGGACAAGGAGGUCGUCAGCACCCACAGAGGGACUUACAGCAGAAGUCCUCUCUCCUUUCUGAAUCCCUUUUCUCCCCUCAGCUCCCUGUGUUUCUGACUCUCUGCCUCCUUGUCUGUCUGCCUGUGACACGUGCUGUCCCUGCCCCCAACCUAAGAACCCCUGGGCCAGUAGGCAGUGGCCCUCCCACAGGAAUGGCCAUGAAGACCCUGACUGCAGUACUGGUUCUGAUUGCUGCAGUCGGGGCAGAACAGAAGGAAAAGGUGCUGCACGGCGGACCCUGCGAGCUGCUGUCUCACCCCUACCAAGCUGCCCUCUACACCUCAGGCCACUUACUCUGCGGAGGGGUCCUCAUUCACCCACAGUGGGUCCUCACUGCUGCCCACUGCAAAAAACCGAAUCUUCAGGUCUACUUGGGGAAGCACAAGAUUAAAGAAAGAGAGAGUUCCCAGGAAGAGAAUUCUGUUGCGCAAGCUGUGGCCCACCCUGGCUACAAUGCUGCCACCCAUGACAAUGACAUCAUGUUAUUGCGCCUGAAGCAGCCAGCCAGACUCUCCGAAUAUAUCCAGCCCUUGAGACUGGAGAGAGACUGCUCGGCAAACCGCACCAACUGCCGCAUCCUAGGCUGGGGCAAGACAGCAAACGGUGCUUUUCCCAAUACCCUGCAGUGUGCCUACAUUCACCUGGUGCCUCAGGAGGAGUGUGAGCGUGCCUACCCUGGCCAGAUCACCCAAAACAUGGUGUGCGCUGGAGAUGAGAAGUACGGGAAAGAUUCCUGCCAGGGCGAUUCUGGGGGUCCUCUGGUGUGUGGAGACCGUCUCCGAGGCCUUGUAUCUUGGGGUAACGUCCCCUGUGGAUCCAAAGAGAAGCCAGGAGUCUAUACCAACGUCUGUAGAUAUGGCCCAUGGAUCCGAAAAAUCAUUCAGAACUACUACUAACUCUGACAUGUGACAUCUAACUCUUGACCUCGGUCCCCAUUUGCUGGCUCUAGAAUACAUCUCACCCAGACCUUCCCUUCCCCGCACCUGCCCAGAUCCAACACUUAAUGCUUAAUAAACGCCAUGACACAACAGCACAAAUUCUCCCUGAUUUUACCCCAGCCUCAUCCUUACAUUAUUGGGGGGGUGAGUGGGAAGUGGGUUGAGGUCUU